AUGUCGACGCCGCACGCCAAACGCCGCAGGCUGAACGAUGCCACAACCACACUCAAGAAGCCGUUCAAAUCACCCUUUCGCACGCCGCUCAGGCCCAACAUUGGCUCUGACCCACCUUCCUCCGAUCCUCCCGACGUCAGCACACCGGCACAGUUGACCUCGUACUCGACCUCACCCACGACACCUGACGCAGCUCACGGCGCGCCUCCGCCGCGAGAGGUAGCUCUGACGACCCCUGCACCACUACAACCACGCUUCUCCAACCCACUUACGUCUCGACCGACCUUCUCUACACCCUCGCGAGGUGUCCCAAAGAAGACGUCAUCCAAUCCUUCCCUGACGCGCGAGCUUGUGCAGCUCCGCAACGAAGUCCAAAUUCUCACCCAAGCCCACACACUCGCUACAUCUACGAAAGACGAAGACUUGCAAAUCUUGAUCGACAAAUGGCGUACUGCAAGUCGCGCUGCAGCUGAGGAGCUUUUUGGCAGUACACGAGACCGAGUGAACAGAAUGGGCGGUGUGGGCGCCUGGAAGGAGCGCGAGAAGGAGGCCAAGGAGCGGACGAUGAAGUGGGAUCUUGAAGAGCGGGAAGCCGAGAGGGAGAAGAUAGCAGAAGCGAGGGAGAACGGCGAGAUUGGAGAUGAAGCAUACGACAAGUAUGCUGAACUGGCAGACGAGCAGGGUCAGGAAGAAGAGGUAGACGACGUGUCUAAGACUGCUGACGAUGACUCAUUUACAAUGGACAUGAUGCUGAAGACGCUCAACAUUGAUCUGAAGCUCAUCGGUUACAGCAAGGAAGCCCAGCGAUGGGAUGGGUGA